CCUCCGUGCCGCUCCCGCCCCCCGCCGCCGCCUCUCCUCGCCGGCCUCCCCGAUGCUGAGGGAUGGAUAGAGCGGCUGCCCUGCGAGCCGCCGGCAUGCUGGAGAGGAAGGAGCGGGGCGGCGGCGAGGCGGCGGCGCGGGGAGCCGUGCGGAGCACGCUGCAGCAGUGCGGGCUGCUGCAGGACCUCAUCGACAUCUCGCUCUCCAACCUGCGCGGGCUGCGCACCAAGUGCGCCGCGUCCAACGACCUCACCCAGCAGGAGAUCCGCACCCUGGAGGUGAAACUGAUUGACUACAUCCACAGACAGCGGCAGUGCAAGCUGAGCGUGCCCCUCAACGACCGGACAGCAGAGCUCAACAGCUACCCGAGAUUCAAUGACUGGUUAGACAUUGUCAACGUGAGGAAAGAAGUUGUACAGCGAAUACCAGAGGAGCUAACCUUAGAUGCCUUACUAGAAAUGAAUGAGUCAAAAGUGAAAGAAACAAUGAAGAGAUGUGGUGCCAGAGAUGAGGAGUGUUCCAGACUCAAUGGCGCACUGAGCUGCUUACGGAAGGUGACUGAAUCAGGUGGGGAGUUAAAAGACGAUCUGCUGGUGAAUCUUUCUGAGGCACGCCGAGAGAACAGCUCUGCAAACACCACCGAAUCCCCCUGCACCUCUGUGCCUGCAUGGACUCCCUCUGCACUGCACCUUCCCAAGGGCAACAGCCAGCAGGCACGUUCAGUGUCAGUAUCUACAAUCCCAUCUUCAGAUUCUCUUGCCUCAAGUCAUGGAACUUCUAUCUGUGCAGAAAACCUCCUGGACCCCUUUGCGUUCCCCACACACAGUGGAAGGUUAACACCAAGGACUCCUCACAGCAUCACCAUCACUCCACCAACCACUCCUCAAGCCAAGAGGCGGCAUAAGUUGAAGCCACCGCGGACUCCUCCUCCCCCUUGCCGGAAGGUUUUUCAGCUGCUACCAAACUUUCCAACCCUCACAAGGAGCAAGUCUCAUGAGUCACAGUUGGGAAACAGGAUAGAUGAAGUUCCUCCAAUAAAGUUCGAACUGUCCCAAGGAUCCCCUCAAACAGUACGAAGAGACUUUGGCUUAGCAGUAACACACAGGUUCUCUACAAAGUCUUGGUUAUCUCAGAUUUGCCAAGUCUGUCAGAAAAGCAUGAUGUUUGGAGUGAAGUGUAAGUACUGCAGAUUAAAAUGUCACAACAAAUGUACUAAAGAGGCACCUGCUUGUAGAAUAUCCUUCCUUCCCAUAACAAAAAUAAGAAGAACAGAGUCUGUCCCUUCUGAUAUCAACAAUCCAGUAGACAGACCAACAGAACCACAAUUUGGAACUCUUCCCAAAGCACUAACUAGAAAGGAGCAUCCACCAGCAAUAAAUCAUCUGGACUCUAGCAGUAAUCCUUCUUCUACAACCUCAUCCACACCAUCUUCUCCAGCACCUUUCCAGUCUUCCAACCCUCCCAGUGCAACACCUCCCCCAAACCCAUCUCCUAUGGGCCAGAGGGAUGGACGAUUUAAUUUCCCAGCUGCCUACUACAUUCAGCAUAGACAACAAUUUGUCUUCCCAGAAAUUCCCAGUCCUGCACAAACAGCACAGCCUCCAGAAACAGCUGCAGACACUAACACUGAUCAACAGCCAGACAUGGUUGGAGUUGAAUGUGAAGCAGAGGUGGAAGAACCAGAGAAUAACAAAUCAGAACCUGAAGAUGAUGAGGAUGAGGUGGAAGAUCUGCCACACAGACGGCCGUACUUGCAAGGGAUGAUUUACCGCAAACCUAGCCAGACAAGUGUCUACCUACAAGAAUGGGACAUUCCCUUCGAACAGAUUGAACUGGGGGAUCCUAUUGGCCAAGGGCGGUGGGGGAAGGUUUACAAGGGCAAAUGGCACGGGGAGGUGGCCAUCAGGCUGCUGGAAAUCGAUGGGAACAAUCAGGAUCAUCUCAAGCUCUUUAAAAAGGAGGUCAUGAACUACAGGCAGACUCGGCAUGAGAAUGUGGUGCUUUUUAUGGGAGCAUGCAUGCACCCUCCUCAUUUAGCAAUCAUUACCAGCUUCUGCAAAGGAAGGACGCUUCACUCGUUUGUAAGGGACCCCAAGAUAUCCCUGGAUAUUAACAAGACCAGGCAGAUAGCGCAGGAGAUCAUUAAGGGCAUGGGUUAUCUUCAUGCAAAGGGGAUUGUGCAUAAGGAUCUGAAAUCCAAGAAUGUUUUCUACGACAAUGGGAAAGUUGUGAUCACUGAUUUUGGAUUAUUUGGAAUCUCGGGUGUGGUUCAGGAAGGAAGGAGGGAGAAUGAAUUGAAGCUGCCUCAUGACUGGUUGUGCUACCUGGCCCCUGAAAUUGUGCGUGAGAUGGCUCCUGGGAAAGAUGAAGACAAGCUGCCUUUCUCCAAAGCUGCAGAUAUCUAUGCCUUUGGGACAGUGUGGUACGAGCUCCAAGCAAGAGAAUGGCCUUUCAAGAACCAGGCUGCAGAGGCACUCAUCUGGCAGAUUGGAAGUGGUGAAGGAGUGAAACAAGUCCUUGCAACUGUUAGUUUGGGGAAAGAAGUCAAUGAAAUUCUCUCGGCAUGCUGGUCAUUCAAUCUCAGCGAUAGGCCCAGCUUCACUGUCCUCAUGGAUAUGCUGGAAAAACUGCCAAAACUGAAUCGUCGGCUCUCCCACCCAGGGCAUUUCUGGAAGUCUGCUGACAUUAACAGUAGCAAAGUUGUCCUGCGUUUUGAAAGAUUUGGCUUGGGAAUCCUGGAACCAAGUAAUCAAAAGCUAUAGAGUGGUGUGUGAUUGCCUUAUGAUAAUGUUGUCUGCCUCCUUACGCAAAGCAUCAGAAAUCUUCCCGGACUCUUCCCAGCUCAGACUGGUGCAGCUACAGCUGAAAAGCACCUGACCGUCAGCGCACAGUCCUCGGUCGCUGGCAAAGCCCGAGUUCUGCCCGAGCACCAGCAGUUCUUUAAAGAAUGUUUACAGGAUACUUCUGUGCGAACUAUUUUUUUUAAAUGUAAUAAACAGCAAAUCAAAUUUAACUACAGCCAUUCUCAGCUAGCACUGAAAAUAAGAACUGUUUCUAGUUUCUUCUUUUGUCUGUGGUAGAGAGGAGCUGUCUUCUGCUGUCAGAGCGUUUGCGUUCCCUGAGAGAAGUAGAAGUGGCUUGUUUUGGAAUGGCAGUGCAGCUGGAACAAGGGCCACAGUUCCAGAUCCAUUUUAACCUUAAUGCAGUUUUCUGUCACUCUGUUGCAUUGUGCCUGGCCCAGGCCCCUGCUGGAGCUCUGAGGUUGGUUUCAGCAGGGCUGGGCUGAGCGCCUGGCUGCCUCGGCUGGAGCUGCACCAGGACAGAUCUGCUCCCGCUAGAGUUCCUGAGUGUGUAGGGGCUGCGUCUCAAAUAAAGACCCAAGCACUGUUCUAAACAGAACUUGGUAAAAGCUGCUUGUUCUCAUACAAUCCUGGAGAAAGCUUAAGACUUGUUUGGCUUCAAAGAAAUAACACCCUGCCUUGUUACAGCUCUGCUCACAGUGGCUGGCUUCUGCUUUUGAAGAUUAGGCACAGCAAGUUCUCAUCCCUUGAACUAGCAGCAUUUCUGGAAAUUUAACCAACAGCCUUGUCUCACUGUCCCAUCACCACUAUAGAUGUAGGAGACAAGGCUUUUUCCAGAGCUGCAGGGAGAGAGACCAGACAACAGAAAACACCAUCCCUAAUGAACGCAUUAGAUAAGGUCUCCAUGCAUGGAGUUUGUUAAGAGAUUUGGAGUCAUCCCCCCACUGGUGCUGGCUCCUAGAGGCAGUCAUGUUGAAGUGUGCAAGCCAUUGGCUUUAAAAAAUUUAGCACUAAAACCAGUUGGUUUGGGGAAAUCUAAGAAUAAACCAAGACCCAACAAGAUUUCUGUCAGAGGACUCGACUUAACCCAACAGCUCAGACUUGUUCCAAAGGUAAAUGUUAAGAAUUAAAGACCACCCCAUGUCCCCGCUCUAACACGCGAUGUGGAGGUUAUAAAGGACACGUCCUGUUACCACAUCUAAGGUGACAGAUGCAUUGUCCCACAUGCGAAGAAAUUGCAAAUGGCUCCCUCACGCCUCCUGUUCAUAUUCCUCAGCCUUCUGCCAGCCAGGGUAGUGGGAGAACCCUCAUUAUAUGCUGAGCAGUCAGAUCCUUUCUGGCUUGUACUUCAUUUAGUUGAGAUGGGAAGUCACCAAAGGUCAUUUCUCCAGCAGCAUGUGUGUGUUACACCUCCCCUCUUUCACCAUCCUCACAAGGGUGUGACAUGAGGGUCAGUGCUGGAGCCCUGGGUAAGGCAGGCAAGGUGACAAGGCACUCAGUUUGGCUGCUUUUGGGUGGAUGACUGCCGUAGAAAAUAAGCAGCAAAAUAAAUCCCCAAGUUCUGUUGAGCAGAGCCCUUCACUCCUACCACAUGCAAGCCAGUUGCCUUCUCUUACAAAUGUUUUGGCAGGGUGAGUGUGUGUCUCAUAUAAAAGAAGAGAUGGGUUAGGGUAGCUGAGCGGGGCAUUGCAGUACUCUUGACCUCCUUCCUCUCUCCCAACUUUAUAAAGCAAAUACCGCCCCCUCCCCUCCAGUGAUGCUGGAACCCCAUGGUUCUCUCCGGCACUCCCUACUGCUGGUUAUCCCUCAAUAAUUUUGUGUCAGCAGCUUUAAGCAGAAGUUGUUUUCCCAGCAAGUACUGCUGAAACAGCAACAGCACAACACCAGCCUAAAGCAGGGAGAACUGUGCUUCCUUGCACCACCACCAUUACAAACCAUCAGCCCAAACCCCUCUUGAGGUGUCCCAGGGCAUCGCGCCUUGGAGAGGAGCCAAAGUGCAAAGCGCUGCUCCGCAGCCUGCAGUUCUGAACAGCCUCACUGUGUCUGAGGCGACCACCUUGCUGUGCUGCUCACUAUUGAUUUCUGCAGUCUGGAAAGCUGGGGCACCCAGAGCUUCUCAGUGUGGGAACCAGUCACCCAACUCGCAGACGGAGCGCGUUUCCUUGCCUGUUCAAUAGUAACCCUACACCUGCCCUCAACUGUAAUCCCAACACCAUCUGUGAAGAAUUUCCACUCACAGAGCUGCACGUCUCCUGCUCCUCAGCCAGGCUUCCUUGCCCAUCCCAACAGGGCUGCGUGCCUGGAACCUGGCCUCCUGUCAUGCUCCGCUUUAUCAUGUGCUAAGUGUGAAUGGGAAACUCAUCCUGACUGGGAAUACUGCCCUACUGCUCCUUUCCUGGGCACAGGAGGGGCUCCAAACCUGCCUCUCAUCAUGAGAGUUGGGAUUCUCAUUUGACCUGACCUUGGGUUUGUGUUUAACACCCAUAAAUUGCUCUUGAAAGCAAACCCCAGCCUCCUGGCCCCAGUUGAGAGAGAGGGGCAGAGAGGAGAGGCUCAUUGUUGUCUCAGGGGUGAGUUUGUUUUAAUCAGUUGGUGUUAGACACACGGAACUCGGCCAAUCCCCAUGGGGUUGUACAGCUGGGAGGAGAGUGGAGCACUUAGCCCUCACUACGCUGCAACCCAAGCGGCUGGCACUGGGCUGCACUGUUGAGGGGCACACGUCUUGUCCCUCUGUAUGCCGUGCACAGGUGGAAAGCACAGGAAGCCCACACCAUUUUAGAGUUGUAAAUGUGAAGCUGGCUGUACAAUGCUGCUACUAAAGCCACACAUCAGUAGUGAAUGUAAAUGGAGUCUGUAACACGGUGAAAACGGACACGGUUUCUUUUCAAAUGUGAUGUAAAAUUUGUACAGUAAAAAAAUUUUUUUUUUAUAUUUUCUAUCAACUGAGUGUCUUCCAGAAUUGCUAUUAAAUUAAUUAAAAAUUGUUAGUAUUAACGACAGUUUCUGUAUUAGUUUAUGCAACCAGAAAAAAAUAAAAGAAGAAGAAAAAAAAGAGUGCACUCUAUACUAAUGAGAUUCUGGCUAUGUAGGAACCUUUUCGGUGAAUAAAUCUUU